CGUCAAUUAAGCGCCGGGCUGGUUGCCCUUGCUACUGUUCCAUGCAGCGUAUUCCAUGCUUUGGAGAGGUAGGAUGAUGUGAUUAUUGCACAUCUCUUUCUUCCUUGAUUACGGUCCGUGAUCAACACUAAAGCAGCUGCUCGCAUUGGUGGCAACGUUUAAAAGGUAACUGCUCAACUUGCAUUUAUUAAAAUGAGUGAUCGUACCAUGUGAUAACAAAAUCAGGAGAAGACACACAGGAAGAAUAAAUCGUACCAUGUUGGGCCUAGGGCUUUGCAGCGCCUGUUUGAGAGGAAGACUAAAUGGCUGGGCACUGCCAAAGAAUUGGAAAAAGGCUUUGAGCUUAAAUGUUAUACGAUCCAUUUACAGUGAGACUGGCAAGUGGGAAAAAGAAUAUGGACUGGAGACAAGGAAAAAGGUGGAAAGCUGUUGGAAGCCCAGAGUAAAAGAGCAAUUCACAGCAAUUAGUGAAGUAGAUAAGUCAAAGUCGAAGUUUUAUGUUCUGUCUAUGUUUCCGUACCCCUCUGGAAAGCUCCAUAUGGGUCACGUUCGGGUCUACACAAUAAGUGAUACGAUAGCCAGAUUUCAGAAGAUGAGAGGUAUGCAGGUCAUUAACCCGAUGGGAUGGGAUGCUUUUGGGCUACCUGCUGAGAAUGCAGCUAUUGAGCAUGGACUGAGACCAGAUACAUGGACUGAGAGGAAUAUAAAGCACAUGAGGGAACAACUUGAGAGAAUUGGCCUUUGCUUUAACUGGGAUAGGGAAAUCACCACUUGCUCAGAAGACUACUAUAAAUGGACACAGUAUCUUUUCCUUAAAAUGUACGAAGCUGGACUUGCUUAUCAGAAAGAAGCCAUGGUUAAUUGGGACCCAGUGGAUCAGACAGUGCUGGCCAAUGAGCAAGUGGAUGAAAAUGGAUGUUCAUGGCGUUCUGGAGCAAAAGUAGAACAAAAAUAUCUAAAGCAAUGGUUCCUUAAAACUACAGUGUUUGCAAAGGCCAUGAGUGAUGCGCUGGCAGACCUUCCAGAGUGGUAUGGUGUGAAGAGCAUGCAAGCAAACUGGAUAGGGGAAUGUAUUGGCUGCUUUUUCGACUGCAUAUUAAAGGUUGAUGGUAUUGAAACUGGAGAGAAAAUUUCUGCAUAUUCCUUUAACCCAGAAGCUGUAUUUGGAGCCUCGCAUGUAGCUAUUUUGCCAAACCACAGACUCUUGCAUGGUGCUAGCAGUCUAAAAGAAGCCCUGCAGGAAGCAUACACAAAGGGAAAAGAUUGUGUCACCCGUGUGUCAGCACUGAAUCUGUUUACUAAACAGGAGGUCCCAGUUGUCAUCGCUGCAAAAACUGAGUUUGAGGGUUAUUUGGACACUAAAAUUGGUAUCCCCAGUGCUAAACCUGAAGAUGCAGAGUUAGCUGACAAGCUGGGGUUACAAUAUGUCAGAGUUAUUGUAACAAGCAGCGAUGGUACAGAGAUGAUAUCCAACUCAGGAAAGUUCACAGGUCUGUCUAGACAAGAAGCUUUUCUUGCCAUAACCCAGCAAGCAAGUAGUGAGGGAGUGGGCGGACACUUGACAAGUGACAAGUUGAGAGACUGGCUCAUAUCAAGGCAGCGGUACUGGGGUACACCUAUCCCUGUCAUUCACUGUCCAUCAUGUGGCGCUGUUCCUGUCCCAUAUGAGGAUUUGCCUGUGCUGUUACCCUCUGUGGCUUGUUUUACAGGAAAAGGCCUUUCCCCAUUAGCAAGCGCCUCCGAGUGGAUACACUGCAAUUGCCCCAGGUGUGCGGGGGCAGCUGUAAGAGAGACAGACACAAUGGAUACUUUUGUUGAUUCAGCGUGGUACUACUUGAGAUAUACAGAUCCUAUUAACUCUGAAAGACCUUUUGACAAGACCUGGGCAGAUUUCUGGAUGCCGGUUGAUUUGUACAUUGGAGGAAAGGAGCAUGCUGUGAUGCAUCUUUACUAUGCACGAUUCUUCAACCAUUUCUGCAGUUCCCAGGGCAUGACUAAGCACAGAGAGCCUUUCCACAAGCUUUUAGUCCAAGGACUUAUCAAAGGGCAGACAUAUAAGCUUGCUUCGACUGGGCGUUACUUAAAAAAGAAUGAAGUGGAUGAUACUGGUUCUGAGGCUGUGCAUUUGGAAACAGGGGAAAAGCUUUUGGUAACAUGGGAAAAGAUGAGCAAAUCCAAGCACAAUGGAGUUGACCCAGAAGAAAUAGUGGAUCAGUAUGGCAUUGACACAACCAGACUUUAUCUGCUUUUUGCUGCUCCACCUGAGCAAGACAUUUUGUGGGAUGUGAAAACUGAUGCUAUACCUGGAGUGCGGAGGUGGCAGACUCGUCUUUGGACAAUAACAAGCAAAUUUAUUGAAGCCAGAAAUUUCUCAUCUGUACCGAAUCCUCACCUUCUAAAUAAGAAAGAAGUAGCAGAAGCAAGACGUAUCUGGGAAAGCAGAAAUCUCGCUGUGCUAGAGGUAACCAGCCACUUCACCGAGGAUUACUUGUUCAAUGCAUCUAUUUCGCAGUUAAUGAGUCUCAGCAACACACUAUCGCAAGCAUCCUCUCGGGUUAUCCUACACAGCUCUGAGUUUGAAGAUGCUCUGGCCAGCCUCUGCAUUAUGGUCGCCCCAAUGGCACCACAUUUGGCUUCAGAACUAUGGAAAGGAAUGUCGCAUGUCCAGUUUAAGUUGUGUACACAGUACAAGUGGGAUGAAGAUGUACUUGCCCAGCAGUGGCCCAGUGUAGACCCAGAUUACCUACGACAACCUGAUAUAGUGGAAGUGCAGGUCCUGAUUAACAACAAAACAUUUGGCACAGUUGGUGUCCCCCAGGAGGUUUCCCGUGAUUCCAAGGUGGUUCAAGAGAUGGUGCUGCAGAGUGACCUGGGUGUUACACAUCUUCAGGGACGUACUAUCACAAAGGUGUUUCUCUCUCCAAGGACAGCCCUCAUCAACUUCCUUGUGCAAGAUUAAGCUUUCCAUACUGUGGCUGCAAACACAAAGAAUCUAACAUAAUCCAGUUGGUAUUUCUAUAUGCAAAGCUAUUUACACGGGUGUACAACAAUGCUUCAUAUUGAUAUUGAGUGUAUAAUCUAAGAAUUUUACACCAACCUUCUGGAGUAUUUUAUUACUGAAAGACAUACCUGGUAACAUAAAGCAUAAGUGCCUGGAAUCAGUAUAUUUGCUGUUUCAGCAGGUGCUAGAAAAUAGCAGUGGGGAAAAAAAUCACUAUGAACUGUUUUUGAUUUAGAAUCACAGAGUCAUAAAGUUGUAAGAUCUUUACUCAUCCUUCCUUUAAGUAUGGAAAUAUUUUUUUCUAAACCAAUGAGGAAAAAGAUCAGAUGUAAUUCGGUGUGACAGUAUGGUGAAGACCGACCAAAGAAAUUCAGAUACAAAAUUAUAUUGCUUUAUUGGGAAACAUUUGCUAGUCAUGUAUUGCUCCUAAUGGUAACAUAUCAGUGCACUAUCCCACCAGCAGUAACUUUCCCACAAACAAAACAUCUGUGCAUACUCCUGGGGAAAGGGUGCUUGUUUUCUUCUGCUUUAGACUGGAAAGACAAAUCAAAGCAAUGUGAUGCACAAUGAACUGACUGGGGAAAGGGUGCUUGCCUUAAAACCAUAAGCAGUGCCAGACUGGGCUGGCGGGACACCAGGAAAAUAGCCAGUGGGCCCCUGGGACAUCAUUUCUGGAAUCCUUAUAAGUCAAAAGAUAUUGUUCGCAAUCAAAGUUAAACCAGCACACAACGACAUGUGAAGCAGUGAUAAUCCCUGAACCUUUAUUAUGCCACACAGUAACUGCCUUGCCUGCUGCAGAGUUAAAGGAACAGUAGCAUCAAAAAAUGAAAGUGUUUAAAGUAAUACAAAUAUAAUGCAGUGUUGCCGUGCACUGGUUAAACUGCUGUGCUUGCUUCAGAAACACUACAACUGUUUAUUUAAAUAAGCUUCUGUUUAGUAAUGGGGGCAGCCAUUCCAAGGAGAAAAGGCUCUGGUUACACAGCUCUGAUGAACAUAAUGGUGUUAUCUGUUAUCCACUAUUUAACCUGGGCCAUAUAGCCUUUUUUCAAUUUCUGCCAUUGCUACACAGCAGCUUGUUUAUAUAAACAAUAGUAGUGUUUCUGAAGCAAACAGAUCAGUUUUACCAGUGCAGGGCAACAGUACAUGCUAUUUUCAUAACUUUAAAACACUUAAAUUUUUUGGUGUUACUGUUCCUUUAACUCUAAGGGGCAAAUUCACUAAAGGCGAAGUGGCUAGCGCAAAUUUGCCAGUGUGACGUCAAUUCGAUACUUCGCCUAUUUACUAACGGGCGCUGGUGUAAAUUCGCUAGCAAAGUGGACCUACGCUAUCGCUACUUCGCACCCUUACGCCAGGAGAAGUUGCGCUAUGGCGAAUGGGACGUAACUACGCUGCGCAUUUUACUGAACGUUACCUCUUGCGCCAGACUUGCCUUCGCCACCUGAGACCAGGUGUAAAAGGGAUUGCUUCAAAAAAAAGUUGAAAUUUUUUCUAAGUACCAAAAAACGCUGGCGUCUUUUCCUUUUUUAAGGAUGAUAGGCUGAAAAAGAUCGUAAAUCUGCUUGACGAAUUAACGCUAGCGCAACUUCACUACCGUUCGCAUCCCUGAGCACAACUUCGCAUUUUAGUGAAUUUGCAUAGCGCUGGCGAAACUACGCCUGGCAAAGUGCGGUGGAGUGUGGCGAAGCUGUCGCCGGCGCAAUUUCAGAUCUUAGUGAAUUUACCCCUUAGCCCCUGGCUGGCAAUCCAGAUUCAGUCCUUUGCACUUUCUGGACAGGAAAGUGUCACUGAGAAAAUUACUGCCAGUUCCACAAGCAAAUGUCUUUCUUUACCCAUGAAUGCCUUUCUUUUAAGUUUGAACAACACAUAGCUCUUCUAACUGGAAAACAUGUCUGGCUGCAGAUUUUACUGUAAGCAGUUUCCACUUUGUCCUAUAGAUACAAACCUCUAAUCUGUAACUUACGACUUAUUUUUCUCCAUACGCUUCAGACCUACAAUAUGUUCAUUAGACGACUCUGCAUCAGUCUAUCGCAUUCCUCUGCUGUAUCCAUACAAUGGACUAUUUUAUACUGCCUAAAAGAUAUGUUUACUAUUUGUAUUGCUGCUGUCCAUGUUUCCAGUUGUACACGUUCAAAACAGACUUGUUAGUUUUGUUAAAUUUUUUGUAUUUAUGGUGAUAUGUUUAAUGAUGGAUUAUUAUUAUUGCUACAAUGGUCAUCAGGAGAACCUAAAGAAAAA